UUAGAAAAAGGAAACUGUCGACCUCUUUACCUUCAAGAAGGAUGAAUAACGCGUGGAAAGCAGUGGUUGUCCUGACCACCUUCAUUGCAGCAGCACAAUGCCUGACCUGUAAGCAGUGCCCAGUUGGUAUAUUUGGGACAUGUCUAUUUGGAAAAGAAGUCCAAUGUGCUAACUCGACUGAGAGCUGCUACACUGGAGAAGCACAGUUCAAUGUAACAGGGUCGCUCACCCUGCACAUCCGCGGCUGCCUGGACUCAGACCUGUGUGGGAAGACACUGACCGGCAGCCUCUUCGGUGCUGGCUACACCAGCAGCUUCGUUUGUUGCACAACAAACUUGUGUAACGGAGCCACUUCGGUCCAGCUCUCCCUGACUGUGGCUCUCUGUGCUGCCAUCCUGUCCUCUCUGUGGGGCCUGUGGGAGUUGUAGUUUUUAUAUAAACUGCCUCUACUUUCAAAACAGUUUGCACUAAUUCUGAAAUGAUCAUUGUAAAUCAGAGUACUUAACUUUUUACUAUGAUUUGUUGGUUUGUCAUGUAAUGAAGAGAUCAUAUUAAAAUCAAUGUAGCAUCACUAAAAGGAAUCAUUAUGAUCAGUUUUUCUGCUUUGUGUCAUCAUCAUAAAAUGCACUGUUGCUCUUUUUUU